GAGGAUUGUUGUGUUCCUCCAUCCUGGUAUUUGUCUUCAUCCUGGUCUCUCCGAAGUGCCCGGACCAAAAACAGGAAGUUGAGCAUGAACACAAUUGAGGAUGAGUCUGGCACAGUGACUUUGGAAACAGUGAACUCCGUUACAUUAACCCAGGAUACAGACGGGACCAUAAUCCUGCACUGCCCUCCCAAUGACUCCGAGGAGCUGGCGUCAGAUGACACCUUGGAGCCCGCGCACAAACGGCUCCGCCUGUGCAGUGAAGACGAGCAGCAUGUGUCGGAGGCCGCGCCUCGGAUCUCCGUCGUCACGCUCCCCAUUUCAGAGAAUGAUGAGAGUUUUGAGGUGACAAUGACAGCCACGACCGAGAUGACGGAGAACGAUAUCAGUGAGGGGGCUGUGGCCCAGAUUCAGAUACUACAGAAUGAUGGAUCACUUUCACCUCAGAAGACAGAUGAUAUAUCCCCUGUCAGCCAAGCAUGGUUUACAACUAAAGAGGACAAGGACACACUUGUAAAUAAAGGUCAUAAAUGGAAACAGGGUAUGUGGUCGAAGGAAGAGAUAGACCUCCUUAUGAGCAAUAUUGAUAGAUAUCUGAAGAGUCGAGGGAUACAGGAUCCCACAGAGAUCAUCUUUGAAAUGUCCAAAGAUGAGAGGAAGGACUUCUACAGAAGCAUCGCGUGGGGUCUGAACCGUCCUCUAUUUGCGGUUUACCGACGGGUCCUACGCAUGUACGACAACAGGAACCACGUUGGAAAAUAUACUCCUGAAGAAAUAGACAAGCUAAAAGAACUGAGAGAAAAGCAUGGCAAUGACUGGGCCACCAUUGGGGCAGCGCUGGGAAGAAGUGCCUCCUCUGUGAAAGACCGGUGUAGGCUAAUGAAAGACACCUGCAACACAGGGAAGUGGACAGAAGAGGAGGAGCGGCGGCUGGCGGAGGUGGUCCACGAGCUGACGGGCACAGAGCCGGGCCACACCGUCACCCAGGGCGUGUCCUGGGCAUCUGUGGCCGAGCUGGUGGGCACCCGCUCAGAGAAGCAGUGCCGCUCUAAGUGGCUAAACUACCUCAACUGGAAGCAGAGCGGCGGGACUGAGUGGACCAAGGAGGACGACAUGAACCUGAUCAAGCGGAUAGCGGAACUGGAGGUGGAGGAUGAAAACGAGAUCAACUGGGAUGUCCUGUCCGGGGGCUGGAGCAGCGUCCGCUCCCCUCAGUGGCUGAGGAGUAAAUGGUGGACGAUCAAGAGACAGGUCUCCAACCACAAAGACCUCCCUUUCCCUGUGCUGCUGAAAGGCCUGCAGGACCUGGCGGAGAACCAGCUGCCCUUUAGUAAGGUGGUGAUGGCCGCGCCGCGGCCCCCCAGUAGCAGCUCCCCCUCCUCGCUCCAGCAGGUCCAGAUACGUGUGGCCCGGCUGGACGAGAGCAGCAGCGCCUCCCACAGCCCCGUGGCGGCACUGCAGAUACCUGUGCAGAUCCCUGUGCAGAUUACACAUGUCUCAUCCUCAGAUACCUCAGCCACUGCUAACGAUGCAGAGACCAUAACGCUAAAUGCCGGAACCUUGCAGACCUUUGAAAUCUUACCUUCUUUCCACCUGCAGCCAACAGGGACUCCUGGGACAUACUACAUUCAGACUGGCUCGAACCAGGGCCUUCCACUGACACUUGCAGCAAGCCCCACCGUCACCCUGACAGCAGCCGCAUCCCCAUCAUCCCCAGAACAGAUCAUCGUACACGCCCUGUCUCCGGAUAACCUGCUCAGCUCCAAUGAGAACGUUACCGUGCAGAUGUCCCACCCCGGCGUCAUCAUCCAGACCGUAUCCUCAGACGACCUCGCCUCUCCGGAGUCCCUCGGCCAAUCGGAACUGACCGUGGAGCAUUCCGUCCUGACCGGCACAGAGGACACCCCAGGGGCGCAGUCCUUCCGCACGGACGCAAACCUUGAUAAGGUGGCCAGGGACACGAGGAGCCCCCAGGGACACGAAGCACGACAGGGGGAGAUGAGUGACUCAGAGGGGGUGAAAUUCCUCCAGAAUCCCGUAGAGGAGGCCUCAGACCACCUGGCUGAGACAGGGAAUGGGCAGGAGCACCUGACUGACACAUUUUCAGCUGAGACUUUGGGGUCUCCAACCAUGGAAGAGCACGUGGUGGAAGGGGUGAUAGGAGAGGGCGCCGUGCUGAUCGUUCCGUCCCCCAACAGCUUCAUCCAGACCGCAGAUGACAUCGACAGUGACAGCGUCCUGCCCUUAACCACACUGACAGAUCCAAUACUUGAAAAUCAGGGGGAGAACUCUGACUGACAUCAGUGGCCCACUGCUCGACAGCUUCGUUCCAGUGGAUUCAAUGGCGAUGGCUGGACUGGAAGACUAAUGAAGUCACUAACGUCGGAAACACUGAGAAGCGUUUGCUACGGGCCACACGUGGAGCCACCCUUUUCUUUGUGUUGUCAAGCCCAAGACGUCCAGGGAUAUGCAAGCCUAAUGUUUUCUUCCUUUUUACACUAAUGGGUGAAGAGACUACUGUGAAUUAUUCAAGUUGGUCUAAAUAAGAGGUCUAGUUAAUGAAGGUUUGUUGGGUGCACAGUCAAAUCCUGUACUGAGGCAAAAAGCUCCUUACGCAGUACUGUAGGUCAUUGUUUAUGCGUCAGAGGAAGGCGGCUUUGGUCACUGAGGCUGCAGUGGCAGAUGCGUGGGAGAAAACAGCACAGUAUUCCUGAAAACGUUCUUGUAGUUGAGGAUAAACGGGUUUUAGCUAUCCUGGGUGCACUUCUUUUCAAAGAAACAAGCCUUGCUAACACUUUUAGCUCUUCGGACAAAAAAAAAAAAUGCUGUCAGUACUCUUAACAUCAGCUUAGUCUUAUCAACUCUUCGAUCUAAUCUUUUUUUCUUUACCUUAAUUCAGGUGAUCUUAGAGUGUCCCCUCUGUUGUGGCCCAGUUUGAGCUGGUCUUGGUCCGACCAGUUUUUCUGGAUCAACUGCUUGUGAUAUCAUUGCUGCCAUGGGACACAGCAAAUCAUUUAUAAGGUCCUAUUUACUUCCGUUUGGUCAAAUCUUAAGGUUUAGGUUUAAUUUAGAGCUGACAGAGACUAUUAAAGUCUUGGGUGUUGGGUUCCAGCUUGGCAUUAGCUUAAGAGUCAACGAAGAAAGGUGACAAGAUUGAAGACCGUGUGACAUGCCUGACUUUCAUAUCAGAGUACAUUGACAAGAACUGGCCUUUCAGCACAUCUGAGUUUGUCUUUUACCUAUUAUCUAAAUUGAUCUAGCUCUGUUGAGUUUGUUGUGUUUUGAAGAAUCACAGUCUCUGACACCACUGUGAAUCUGGACAAGGCAAACUACAUUUAUAAAU